AGGGCCAACACUGCCUCUCUCUCUCUCUCUCUAUCUCUCUGAGUCCAUCUCGCACGCUCUCGCUCUCCAUUUCUUUCUGAAAAAUUGACUCUCUCACCACCGACAUCGUAACGGCUCGCCGUGUCUUUUCGGUGGCGCGGAUUUCUUCAUCGUAACGGAUGCCUGCUUCCGAUUAACUUCCGCAUUUCGAUUUACUCCACUUUUUUCUCUCGAAAUUUGGAUUUCUUCAUUUAUAUUCAAAGAAAAUAAUCCAGAGGUAUACAAAAUGAUAGGAUCCUUUAUCACCAGAGGACUCGUAAUGAUUUUCGGCUAUGCUUAUCCAGCUUAUGAGUGCUACAAAACUGUUGAAAAGAAUAAGCCGGAGAUCGAGCAACUUCUCUUUUGGUGCCAGUAUUGGAUUUUGGUGGCUGUUUUGACAGUUUGUGAGAGAAUUGGAGACGCUUUUAUCUCAUGGGUUCCAAUGUACAGCGAAGCUAAGUUGGCAUUCUUUAUAUAUUUGUGGUACCCAAAAACAAAGGGAACAUCGUACGUCUAUGAUUCAUUCUUUAGACCGUAUGUUGCAAAGCAUGAGACUGAGAUUGAUCGGAACUUGUUGGAACUGAGGACUAGGGCUGGAGAUAUUGCAAUUUUGUAUUGGCAAAGAGCCGCAAGCUAUGGCCAGACAAGAAUGUAUGAUGUUUUACAGUAUGUUGCUGCACAAUCAACACCACAGCGUCGCCCACCUCAGCAACCAAGUGCCAGGGUUCACCCACGGGCUGCUGCACCUAACCGUCAACCAGCUAGUCCAGCACAACCCCAAAGUGAAGAACCCCCAUCUCCCACUUCUAGUACAUCUUCUAGUCACCACCCUGAGGAGGAAGAGGCUGGUUCUUCACUAGAGUCCAAAGCUACCAAUCCUGCAGCAGCAGCAGCAGGAGGUUUGGAUCCUCAAAAAGCAACUGUUCCGUCCGAGGCAACCAUCCAAGCUGCACCAAAUGAAACUGAGCCAAAGCCAAUGCAGCUUGAAGAAGAAGAAGCAGCAGCAGCAGCAGCGCCGCCUUCAACUGAGGACAACACGAAUCCUGCCCCAAAAGAGAGAGUGAUGGAAGAAGCCAUUCGAUCUACACGCGUCGGUAUGAGGAAAACCCGUUCUGUUGGCAAAUCAUCGAAGAAUGAUAGUUAGCUAUUUCCUAUUUUUUCUAUAUGUGAAAAAACUAGCAUUUCAUCUAGGUGGACUAUAGCAAGUAUUGAAUUGUGAUGUGGAUGCUGCUGUAAAUCUUUGUUUUCUAUCCUUUAUUCCAUUUGUUGUUUCAUUUA